CGCCAUUUUGAUUCGAAAAUAUGACCGAGUUUUUCCUGCUUUGCAUGCUUGAGAAGGCUAGCAUUUGAAUUUGAUUUACUGUAGAGGAUAUAAAUAGACAGUACGCGUAAUAAUAUUGAAUAUACAAGGUACAAAUGUGAGGUAACUGCCUGUCCGUUGCAAGAGACUAAUAUCUGUGUCACCAGGUUGACAGAUACUUUGCUGAUACUGCUCGUCAGCCUGACCCAUCAAAACAAAUCACGUUUGGCUAGUUCGCUAACUAACGUUAGUUAUUAGCAAACGAAGGUAGGUCGCGUUAGCCAACUUCUAGCCGUACAUACGAGUGGAUUGCAAACUUUGAACAACACGGUAAGUUUCUCAGAACCAACGUUGGCUAGCUAAAGCUGGUGAGUUAUAUUUGUGCUUGGCGACUAACUAUCUGGUUAAGCUAUCAGUGACAGUACCUAGUUAGCUAAAGAGGGUUAGCUAGCUUUUGCCAAUUUAGCUAGCUAGUUCAAGUUAUGCUAAUGUUAGUUAACGUUAGCUGCUAGUUAUCGGACUCCGAGAGAAACUAACGCCGACAACCAGCCAUUAACUAACUAACAACGACGAAGUUGAUACUAAUGUGCUCAACUUGUGCUAACGUUAGCUAAAUUGUAUGGUAACGUUAAGUUAGCUAACUACCUGGAAAGCUAGCGGCUCUGGAUUCUCUCUACAUUUGACUGUCUAUGUCGAAUACCUCUGGCUCAGCCAAUCUACUUUGCUAACUGAAUUAGGUAGCUAUCUCGCUUGCUAAUAUGUCCUAGCUAACUAAUACUAGCUGACGUUAGCUGCUGUUGUUCAGACAUUCGACGUUAGCGAGACCAAAAAGAGAGAAGUUCGUUCUCAAGAUCAUGUCUCGGUUGCAAGAAAUGUUAUUAACUACCUAACAUGUUACUUCCUGCAUUCGUGAAGAUAUACUUGUUGCGGAAAAUUCCACACAGUUGUAAAAUUGUAGUUGUCUAGAAACAAAUCGACGGUCUUGGAAUUUCUAUCCAUUGAACAAACAAAGUCAACCCCGUUUCCAACUGCAUGGCAAGGGUUUGGCACUGGCAGCGUAACCUUAUAAAUAAUCAAUGUCAAAUCUCUAAGUAGUGAAUAGAAGUAGCCAGCAAGUACUACAGUAGUGACUUGUGAAGUAAACAGAAAUGUGAGCUACCAACACUCAGCAGUUGAUGUGCAUUUCUUGCCAAGGCCACCACCAUAUCAUUUUAAAUUUCUACAGAACAUUGUCAGACAAGGAGUGAUAGUAGACCCUAAAGCAGGGUUCUUCAAUUCCGGUCCUGGAGGGCCGAAACACUUCAGUUUUUUAUUUCUACCUGGUAGUUAAUUGCACUCACCUGGUGUCCCAGGUCUGAAUUAGCCCCUGAUUAGAAGGAGAGGAUGAAAAACAGAGGUGUUUCGGCCCUCCAGGACCAGAAUUGAAGAACCCUGCUAAAGGGUUCCUCAUCUUACAAACGGUUAUUCAGAGAAAUUAUCAACAUGGAAAAGUAGAAUGGGGGGGGGUUGAGAAGUGAAUGAAACAAUAAUACAAAAUAAUAUACAUGUUUACAUGAGACAAUAAUACAAAUAAUAAUAAGACACUUUGACAACUGUAGCAAUGAUAAAUGUCCAUUAGAGAUUGGGGGCUAUUGGCCAUUCUGACAGGUUUUGGCAUUAAACUCCUAUACUGCCCGCAUCAAAGUAAUGGAAGCAGGGAGAAUAGGCUGUGGCUGAGGUCCAUGAUAGGCAUACAGACAAAAUAGAACAGUCAAGUUCGUAAAUAAAGCAAUUAUCCAAAACCAACUACAUCUUGAAUCCUUGGUAUAAGGUGGCAAUAAGAAAGAGCAUCUUAAAUGGGGCUCCCUGUUGCUACUUUUGUUAGCAACUCAUGGAGAAGCACACCUGCGCGAGCUUAGCAGUGCAGCCAACUGAGACUGAUAAGCACCUAAUUAGGAGAUGGGAGAGGCUGGCUAUGUCCAAAUUAUCUUAGAUAGCCUCCUUUAAUCUAUCAACUCUCCUUCAUAACCACUGAUCGUAGUAUACUUUAUACGUUUCCACCAUCUUGCUUUUGCCUAACUAAUCAGUGGUCAUGGAGGUGAGGAGACAAGGAAAGGAAGCCAUCUAAGAUUUGUGACAUAGCCUGCCCUCUGAUUGCUCUGUCUAUGCUGCGUUCACAUGCCAUCGGAGUUAUCAGAAAUUCCUAGUUCCGACUGGGAAGUUUCACUUAAACGACCCUCCAAGUCUGAAUUACAAGUGGGAAACUCUGAGAAAAUUGUUGACAACUACAACCUAUCAAUAUGGAUAAUGUAGCUAGAUUGACCAUAUUGUCAAUGUCAAGCUAGCAAACUUGUAUUAUUAGCAAUGUUAGCUAGCUUAUCAAGCUAACUAAAAUCUUGUUGGUUGACGAAUUGUUCCGAUCAAAAAGCACAUGAAUGAAACAAAGUUGUAUAUCCAACAUCACAACUAGGAAAUAGGAAGUUCUGACGAGCAUGUGCACUAACGCUGCAUUACUACACUGCCCCAUAAGCCACUUGCUUUGCUUAAUGACAGGCUACUGUUGGGUCAUAGCAUCCAGUUGAUUGCUCUUCAACCAUUGUUCCUCUUUUCAUCAUUUACUACAUUAGCCAGUGGACUGUUUUGUUGAGGAUGCCCCUGGUGAGUUCUAUUUUAGAUGAGAAGUCAAGUUUUUGCUUUUUCCUGUGUAGCACUUUGGGGGUUAUUGUUGCACUAGUGAGCUCUGUGUAAAUGUAUGCCAGAUGGAUGCUCCGCACGUGCAGAGCAGGGUUGUCCAAAUAAGUGGAAAAAGAAGGGAAACACGUUGAUUUCCUUUUUCAGACCCAUUCUUGUGUUAUGUGUGGGCGGCCAGUCAGUGUUGUAUUGCACAGGCCAGCACAUUUGUCUUUUGUUGACUAAGCAAGUCGGUUUGACUUUGUCCCUUCUAACAUGUCUGAAUGAUGGUCUUGAUAGGUUAGUGUGUUUACCGUAGCAACCAUAGCCAACAGAUUUUUCGAAACGAUUCUCAUUUCCUGUCUAUAGUUGUGGUUGCCUAGGCUAUAGCUAGGUUGUUUAGUGUGCAAUGCUGACGUCAAAAACAGUGAAGUAGCUAGAGCUAACCACAACCUUUUCACAUUAGUGAUGUGUGAGUGAGGGUCCAGGAAAGGGCAGUGUGCACUAUAUGCAAUUUCUUCUGCAUAUCUUUUUAAAGCAUACAGGUAAUGAUAUUAACUGUAGUAGUUAGGCAGCUAACCCUGGUAGUCAGCACAGUAUUCAUACAUUAGUGGACAACUACAAAUACAGUCUGGUUAGACUGUAAACUCUCCUUCCAGACUCACAUUAAGCAUCUCCAAUCCAAAGUUAAAUCUAGAAUCUGCUUCCUAUUUCGCAAACAAAGCCUCCUUCACUCAUGCUGCCAAACAUGCCCUCGUAAAACUGGCUAUCCUACCGAUCCUUGACUUCGGCAAUGUCAUUUACAAAAUAGCCUCCAACACUCUACUCAGCAAAUUGGAUGUAGUCUAUCACAGUGCCAUCCGUUUUGUCAUCAAAGCCCCAUAUACUACCCACCAUUGUGACCUGUACGCUCUUGUUGGCUGGUCCUCACUACAUAUUCAUCGCCAAACCCACUGGCUCCAGGCCAUCUAUAAAUCACUGCUAGGCAAAUCCCUGCCUUAUCUUAGCUCAUUGGUCACCAUAGCAACACCCACCCGUAGUAUGCGCUCCAGCAGGUAUAUCUCACUGGUCAUCCCCAAAGCCAACACCUCCUUUGGCCGCCAUUCCUUCCGGUAGUCAGCACAGUAUUCAUACAUUAGACUUACGACAAAGUUCUCAUGAAUUUGACUGUAAUUGGUAGCCUAUGCAAGCCUAUAAUCCAUUUCAAAAUGCUCAUCUCAUUUCGUAAAGCAUUUGCAUAGGCCUAACAAGACCCAAAGCAUGCAUCUGGAAUUUUGUUUAAGAUUUUCCAGCUAGCAUCUCGUAGUUGAUGGCAUGCCCAUUUUUCAGUGUGAGCCUCUCCAUUGUGUUGGCUUAAAUGCCAUUCACUACUGUCUUCAGGUAAUUAAGUUAGCUGGAGUUCUUUGUUGUUUGUGUUCAUGACGACACAACACAAAGCAUUGCGCAUUUCACCGUUGUUAGGCUAAAUUGAGUUGAUAUAUAACGUUAGUCUAGGCCUAGUUUUUUUAUAAGCCACAAGGCAAGUCAGGGCAGGCUGUUGUAACUGUUGGCACAUCAGUUCAUUGUCUCAUUCAUAAAACUGAAGCUAAGAAUUCUAUAGAAGCAGGUUGACUUAGGGUUCGGCUGCCCGAGGCUAAGAUUUCAAAAGUCAAACCCUGCUUUCUCACUAGCAGUCUACUAACUAUAAGGCUAGGUCAUGACCUUACAACUAAUGGCAGCCAGACAAACGUCUUUCUUGAACAUUUCUGUUCAGAAUCCUCCUUGUGAUGUCAAGCAGUCUGAGUAAAUAUGAUGCAACACAUGCAUCUUGUGUUUAAAGAUGACUAUGCAAAUACUGCUGCUGACUAAUAAUAGAUCUGCUGCAAGGUCCUAUAUGAAUUUAAUUAUAAUUUAUUGUAACCCCCAUCCCUUUCUCUCUCUCAGGUUAUGGUGAGCCCUUCAGUGUGUUGUGUACUAAGGAGGCCCAUGUUCUAAGAGGAGACCCAUGCUGAUAAAUGCCAGGCCUCGCCACGCUCUCUGCCGUCUGCACAAACACAAAUGCCUGCCUGUCUGUGAGGGAGGUCUGAUUAAAGAUACCCACAUUUCAUCUACUGGUAAGCACAAAAUUAUAUCUGUAAUGAGUUUGUUGUUCAUGUGUGGACCGAGUCAGUGACCGUGUUUAUGUGGAUGUUUUUAGAUGUUCCUGCUUCAUUGUUUUCAUCUUUGUGUGUGUAUUUCCCCUGUUACCCUCCCCACCUACGCAUGAACCUCACCUCUUUUAAUCUCCCCCUUUUUCUUCCUCUUCUCCUUUUUAGUAAAUUACAUUUCAAAAGCAAAAAACUAAAAAGCAAUACAUCAUCAUGAGUAGCCUAGAUUUAGUUAGCUAUGUCAACCAAUACAUCAUCAUGAGUAGCCUAGCUAUAGCUACAUCAUCAUGAGUGGCCUAGCUUUAGUUAGCUAGGUCAACCAAUACAUCAUCAUGAGUAGCCUAGCUUUAGUUAGGUCAACCAAUACAUCAUUGUGAGUAGCCUAACUAUAGUUGGCUAGGUCAACCAAGAGGCCACGUCUUUGAGUGUAUGCAUCCUUUAAAGAUGGAGAGGGACAGUUCAUGGCUUGCACAGAAGAAGGUAGUCAGGGAGAUGGUUGAAGUGUCUGGUGGUGAUCUUGUAGAGGGCUACAAUAUCAAAACCACCAGAAACAUGCAACAAAACUCAAUGUUAUCAAAAACAAAACAGCUGAUAAAAAAAAAAAAAACGUUUAAAAACACAUUUACAGGAGCUCUCUGCUUAGGCUGCUACUAGGGCGCCAUGCCAACAUUGCGUCCCUCUUUCUCUGACUCUCUCCUUCCUUCUCCUCCUAGGGCUGUGCCCCCUGUCCAAGCAGCCAUCAUGUUCUGGAAGUUUGACCUGCACACCACGUCCCACAUCGACCAGCUGCUGGACCGGGAGGACGUGACGCUGCGGGAGCUCAUGGAGGAGGACGAUGUCCUGCAGGAGUGCAAGGCCCAGAACCGCCGGCUGCUGCUCUUCCUCUCCCAGGACCACUGCAUGACAGAGCUGGUCAACCUCAUCACCACAGAGCCCCCUGCUGACCUAGAGGAGAAGAGCCGCUUUAAGUGAGAGAAAAGGGUUGACCGAGGGGGAAGAGGGAUGGGCUGAGAUGUGGCCGCUCAACACACGUGUAUAUUAUGUCAUUAUUGUAAGAGAACAUUUGUGCUAAACAAAGGAUACUUUGAAUGAAAUAAAUAUUCAAAUACACCCUAUGCUUAUGCCAUCACGGACUGACCUUCCCUUUAAAAACCAGUUGUACGAAAUGAAAGGGGCUUCUCCGUAACAUGCUCUGACAUUGCCUGGGUUCUAUGCUCAGUGGAUGAGAAGUACCAACUGCCAAGUUUCAACGCAAGACCAGCACGCAUACACUAUUACGGUCUUUUUUAUUUUCCUGUGAUUCUCAAUGUCAAACACACAGAGAUCCCUGUCUAGAGUGAAAGAGCUUGUGGCUGUGGGGUCUAGUCCUCGCCUUGUCGGUUAUGAGUUCAAAUCCAGUUAUGUCUGCUCAGCUGUUAUCUGCAGAGUUGGUCGAAGGGCAGCUGUGAUGAUUGGAGGAGGUUAAAGGGGCUGGAGCACAAUGGCCACUUGGUAUUUAAAUACAGAUUUUGCCUAUAAAAACUAAAGCCUUGUUCACAUUAGCAGUUUGAAGUGACUCAAAUCCUUUUUUUUUUGUUGGAAUAUCUGUUUAGAAUCUGUUCAUUUUCCUGCAGUCUGAACAGCCAAAACGCACAUGGAAUCAGAUAUUUCAAGCCACAUUCGUAGGUGGUUUGAAAUCAAAUACAAAUCUGAUUCCUGGCCAUGCAACUUGUCUGAACGGUCAAAUCUGAUCAUCCCAUCUGCUCAUCACUCCCUUACAACACCACUGCCCUCCAACCAUUUUUGUGGCAGCCACUCCCCAAGAACAUAAAUAAAACCAGUUAAAUUUGAACCCAUAACCAUCAGUAUAGGAGGAAAGGUUCCUACCCCAGAGCCACAACUCCUUCACACUUCAAAACACAUAUGUUUGACAUUGAGAAAGCACAACCAGUUAGAUUUGAACCAAUAACCAUCAGUAUGGGAGGUAAGGUUCUUACCCCAGAGCCACAACUCCUUCACACUUCAAACAUAUGUUUGACAUUGAGAAAGCACAACCAGUUAGAUUUGAACCAAUAACCAUCAGUAUGGGAGGUAAGGUUCUUACCCCAGAGCCACAACUCAUUCGCAGUUCAUACAUGCCUCUGCGUAUGAUUGACAUUGAUAAUUGUGAAAGCACAAACUAAAACACAACCAGUUAGCUUUGAACCCAUGACCAUCAGUUUUGGAGGCAAGGUUCUUACCCCAGAGCCACUGACUACUUCGCUAUACAUGCUCUCUUUACACAGUUGAGGUUGAGUAGAACAAACACAAGCGCAGCCAGCUAGAUUCAAACCUUUGAACCAAUGCUUGAGGCAAUGGUCUUACCUCAUACUCCCCAAAAAAUACACAGUUCUCUUCAAAUAUUUGAUGUUAAGAAUUGUUCAAACAAAAACACAGCCUACUAGAUUUGAACCCACAAGUUUAGAUGUGUGAGGCCAGGUUGUUACCUCUCACCCAUUGUCUCCUUCAGGAAAUGUGAAAUGUCUUUGAAAAUAUGUUGGGAUUCAAUCCCAUCUAUAAUAGGCAUUGCGGCUUUUAAAGGCAAUUUCUAUUGAGCCGACAUAUGCAGCGGUUACUGUGAAUGGGAUCUCUGCAAAAACGGGAACAUUGCCUUUAAAAGCCACAAUGCCUAUAACCCGUGAUUGGAUUGAAUCCCGGCCUUAAUGGGAGCCAAGAUACGUUUUUGAUGGCUUUAAGGUUGAAGACUGAUAAUUGACAGUGUAGAAACACAAUAGGAUGUUUUGAACUCACAACGUCAUGAACUGGGAACAGAACUACCAGUGCCAUGAUAGAUGCCUCUAAAUUAGUUCAUGUUUUUAGGUUGAUUCUUCUAAUGUGACAGAAAAGUACAACAGGUGGCGUUGGGUUUGAAACAUGCCCUCAUAGAAAUCCUAUUAAAUUACUAUUCUAAUUCCUAACUCUAUGCAUGCCCUCUUGUAGACAAAAUCUAGCCAUGUAAAGAAGCUUACAAGACACAAAGAACACCCAAUAGGGCCUGGUUUCCCAAAAGCAUCUUAAGGUUAAGUUCAUCGUUAGAACCAUACUCACUCCUAUGGUUCUAACGAUUAACUUAGCCUUAAGAUGCUUUUGGGAAACUGGGCCCUGAUCUUGAUUGGGUCCCUUAGCAUAGCAUACACAACAUGGUCUUCAGCAUACUCAGUCCAAUAAACAUGAAUUCAGAAUUGACGAAAUGAGCAUCGUCAGAAUAUUUCCAAACAUCGUAAAAGUAUCAUAUUUCAAGAAUGAAUACAGACUGUACACCUCCCUCCCACACUGACACUUAGACUGUUUUCUCCCCCCUCUCAUCCUGUUGUUGUCGACCCACAUUACAGGUUCCCUAACAUCGCCUGUGAGCUCCUGACAUCAGACGUGUCCCUCAUCAACGACAAGUUGGGCGGGGACGAGUCACUCCUGGAGACUCUCUACCACUUCCUGGAGCAGGACCCGCCCCUCAACCCGCUAUUAGCCAGCUUCUUCAGCAAGACCAUUGGCAACCUCAUCGCUAGGAAAACAGAACAGGUAAUCUCAAUGCCCAAGAAGUCAUAAAGGUGGAUAAAGAAAAUGUAAGGACCUAUCUGGAGCUCACCAAAUGUCUCUUUUGCUCCAGGUAAUCUCCUUCCUGAGGAAAAAGGAUGGCUUCAUCGGCCUGGUGCUGAAACACAUCGACGCCUCCGCCAUGAUGGACCUGCUGCUUCGCCUCAUCAGCUGUGUGGAGCCUGCCCCAUUGAGGCAGGAGGUCCUCAAUGUAAGCUGCCACUGUGGGUCUGUCUGUCUGUCAGCCAUUCCUGUUCUCAUACAUUUUGUGUUCAAUUAGAAAUAUCAUUUCUUAUUGACUUGGACGUCUUGUAUUUCUCUCAUUCAUUCCCUGUCGUACUUUUUCUUUCCUUAUCUCAGUGGCUGAACGAAGAGAAGCUGAUUCAGAGACUCACAGAGCUCAUCCAUACAGGCAAAGACGAGGAAGUGAGUAUAGACCUUAGUCUGAUAUUGCAGUACUCUACCUGGACAAGGCAUGGUAGUUCAUAUUAACCAUCUGGUCAGAAGUAUAGUAGUUUUUUUUACAUUUUUUAAAUUUAUUUUUUAGAGACAAUCAAAUGCGUCCCAGACGCUUUGUGACAUCAUCCGCCUUAGUCGAGACCAGGCCAACCAGAUGCAGGAGAACGUCGAGGCUGACCCCUUAUUGGCUGUACUAGAGUCGCAGGAGAGCGUAGCGGGGCUCCUGAAGACCAUGUUUGAGGGGGAGAGGAGUGAGGCCUCCAUUGUUAACGGAACUCAAGUGCUACUUACCUUACUGGAGACCAGGAGGUCCGGGUGAGUGGAACAACUGUUCUCUCUCAUAUAAACUCUUCCUCCCUCAUAUCUCGUUCCAUUGCCUUGUCCAGAAACACCUCUAGCCACUUGUGGAGAUCUUAAAAGGAUAUGAUAGAGUUAAGCUAUAUGGUAAUACCUCCACCUCGCCUUCUGAGAGGCUGGCUGGAUUUAUCACCACAUUGCUUACACCUGUCCAAUCCUCUCAGAUCUCCACAAAUGUUUAAGGCAGGGGCAGGGGUAGGGGCUAGAGGUUGUUCCUGGACAGGGACCAUCUCUCCAGCUAUUUUAACAUGUGAACAUCUUUUUCCUUAUCCCUCCCUUGUUCUCUCUCUCCGUCCCAGGUUGGAGGGGCUGAUGGAUCUCUAUUCUCAGGGAUAUGAAAGGACUUACACUGUCAACAGCAGUAUUCUACAUGCCAUUGAGCCCCAUCUUAAGGACUUCCAGCAGCUUCUCCUGAAUCCACCCAAGGUAAGGACAUACAGUAAGGCCGUAUGGCUGUGGCUGAUCAAUUUACAGUGGUCAGUGGGUACUAAGAAAGAAAGAGAGACACUCAGUCAGUCUACAGUCAAUAAUUUUUAUGAAACAUAAAUACUUUUUGGGUUAAAAUUGUCUAAUUCAAUUAUGUUGGAAGCCAGCAGACUGCAGUAGAAUUCCAACCAUACUUUAAUAAAUAAACUUCAGGGGGUUUACAACCAUUAACACACAUAAUUGAAAUCAACUUGUUCAACACAGUCUUUCCUGUAUGCAUUGGACUGUUGAGUAAUUUUAUUGAACAUGGUGUGUGUUUCUAUGUGUGUAGAAAAGUGCAAUACUGACGACCGUUGGCCUUCUGGAGGAGCCUCUGGGGAACGCCCGCCUUCACGUGGCCCGGCUGGUGGCUGCCCUGCUGCAGACCAGCGCCCCCAGUGUCUGUCAGGAGCUCUGCAAGCUCACCACCAUGGACCAGCUACUGGUGUGUCUGCAAUGCCGGGUCUCAAACUGCUCAUGAUCUCUCACUCUUUCGCAUUCAUUCAUUUGUUCACGCUCUGGCACGCGCUUUUCUUUUAUUCAUUUCCUCUCCUUUCGGUCAUUCACACUCACUCACUUUCUUGCUCUCGUUCACUCACCCACCAUCGGUCACAACGGUUCUCUCGCUCUUUGCUCUCCACAGGACCUGUUCUUCAAGUACUCAUGGAAUAACUUCUUGCACUUCCAAGUGGAGCUGUGUGUGGCGUCCAUCCUCAACCACUCUGGCCCAGAGGAGCGGCCUGUCCCUGGCCUCCAGAACCACAAGGAGGAGAAGCCCCCAGCAGGCCCAGAGAACCAGGGGGAGGCAGGAGGGGAGGCUGGGGAGCCAGCCAAAGCCAGCGACCCGGUGGAGGAGACCACCCUUCACAACACCCUGGUGGCACAUGUAGGUGGCUUGGUAGCUCUGCGUCUGUCUAUGUGCAGUAAUACCCUUGUCUAAAACAUCACAUUUUAUUUGCUUGCUAUGAGCCCUUCCCAAGGAUGCAGAGUUUACAACAAAAAAAAUAGGAACAAAAUAAAAUCAAUAAAUGUGCACAGGUAUGCGGUAGAUACAGUAUGUACAUGAAGGCAGGGUAAAGUGACUAGGCAUCAGGAUAGAUUAUACUAAUAAGAGUAAAAUAAAGAACAGCGUAGCAGCAGCAUAUGAUGAGUAUAAAAGUGUUUGUGUGGGAGUGUCAAUGAAGUGUGUACAGUGGCUUGCGAAGGUAUUCACCCCCCUUGGCAUUUUUCCUAUUUUGUUGCCUUACAACCUGGAAUUAAAAUAGAUUUUUGGGGGGUUUGUAUCAUUUGAUUUACACAACAUGCCUACCACUUUGAAGAUGCAAAAUAUUUUUUCUUGUGAAACAAACAAGAAAUAAGACAAAAAACAGAACACUUGUGUAUGCAUAACUAUUCACACCCCCCAAGUCAAUACUUUGUAGAGCCACCUUUUGCAGCAAUUACAGCUGCAAGUCUCUUGUGGUAUUUUUUUUUUGUGUGUGUCAUUUAGCAGAUGCUCUUAUCCAGAGCGACUUACAGUUAGUGAGUGCAUACAUCAUUUUUUUAUUUUUCAUACUGGCCCCCCGUGGGUAUGUCUCUAUAAGCUUGGCACAUCUAGCCACUGGGAUUUUUGCCCAUUCUUCAAGGCAAAACUGCUCCAGCUCCUUCAAGUUGGAUGGGUUCUGCUGGUGUACAGCAAUCUUUAAGUCAUACCACAGCUUCUCAAUUGGAUUGAGGUCUGGGCUUUGACUAGGCCAUUCCAAGACAUUUAAAUGUUUUCCCUUAAACCACACAAGUAUUGCUUUAGCAGUAAGCUUAGGGUCAUUGUCCUGCUGGAAGGUGAACCUCCAUCCCAGUCUCAAAUCUCUGGAAGACUGAAACAGGUUUCCCUCAAGAAUUUCCCUGUAUUUAGCGCCAUCUAUCAUUCCUUCAAUUCUGACCAGUUUCCCAGUCCCUGCCGAUGAAAAACAUCCCCACAGCAUGAUGCUGCCACCACCAUGCUUCACUGUGGGGAUGGUGUUCCCAGGGUGAUGAGAGGUGUUGGGUUUGCGCCAGACAUAGCAUUUUCCUUGAUGGCCAAAAAGCUAAAUUUUAGUCUCUCACAUGGUUUUUGGCAAACACCAAACGUGUUUGCUUAUUUUUUUCUUUAAGCAAUGGCUUUUUUCUGGCCACUCUUCCGUAAAGCCCAGCUCUGUGGAGUGUAUGGCUUAAAGUGGUCCUAUGGACAGAUACUCCAAUCUCCGCUGUGGAGCUUUGCAGCUCCUUCAGGGUUAUCUUUGGUCUCUUUGUUGCCUCUCUGAUUAAUGCCCUCCUUGCCUGGUCCGUGAGUUUUAGUGGGCGGCCCUCUCUUGGCAGGUUUGUUGUGGUGCCAUAUUCUUUCCAUUUUUAAAAUAAUGGAUUUAAUGGUGCUCCGUGGGAUGUUCAAAGUUUCUGAUAUUUUUUUAUAACCCAACCCUGAUCUGUACUUCUCCACAACUUUGUCCCUGACCUGUUUGGAGAGCUCCUUGGUCUUCAUGGUGCCGCUUGCUUGGUGGUGCCCCUUGCUUAGUGGUGUUGCAGACUCUGGGGCCUUUCAGAACAGGUGAGAUCAUGUGACACUUAGUUAAAUAAAGUCCACAUGUGUGCAAUCUAUGUGACUUCUGAAGGUAGUUGGUUGCACCAGAUCUUAUUUAGGGGCUUCAUAGCAAAGAGGGUGAAUACAUAUGCACGCACCACUUUUCCGUUAUUUAUUUUUUAGAAUUUUUUGAAACAAGUUAUUUUUUUCAUUUCACUUCACCAAUUUGGACUAUGUACAUUACAUGAAAUCCAAAUAAAAAUCCAUUGAAAUUACAGAUUGUGGUGCAACAAAAUAGGAAAAACGCCAAGGGGGAUUAAUACUUUUGCAAGGCACAGUAUAUAUAGUCUAGUGCAGGGAUAUUCAGCUCUUACCCUACGAAGUCUGGAGCCUGCUGGUCUUCUGUUCUACCUGAUUAAUUGCACCUACCUAGUGUCCCAGGUCUAAAUCAGUCCCUGAUUAGAGGGGAACAAUGAAAAAAAACGCAGUGGAACUGGCUUCCAGGUCCACCGUUGCGUUUGAGGGGUCUAGUGAGUGUGCGUAGAGUCAGUGCAGAUAGUUUGGGUACCAUUAAUUGACUAUUUAGCAGUCUUAUGGCUUGGGGGUAGAAGCCGUCUCGGAGCCUGUUGGUCCGACAGCGUUAUACAUUAUAAAGUUGUGUUUUGAUGUUGUCUCUGAAUCUGUAUUAUUUUGUUCUUCCUCCUCAGCUCUUCCAGCAGUGUCGGUUGGUACAGAGAAUCCUGGACGCCUGGGAGGAGAACGAUCAAAUACAGUAAGACAAAAUGUCAGACAUGCAAAUCUGUGGAACUGCCUUUGGUAUUGUUUCACUACAAUGCUGGAAUCUAACACAUGAUAGUACUGUCUGUUAGAUGUCAUUAACCUGUGUGUGGUUUUGUCUCUCAGGGCGGAGGGCGGCGCUAGGAGAGGUAACAUGGGUCACCUGACCAGGAUGGCCAACAUGGUGGUACAGAACCUAGAGAAAGGACCAGUCCAGUCCCAGAUCAGUGACCUCAUCAAAGGUAUUGUGUUUUUUGAUGAGCUGCCAGAUUGCAUACCUUCCUAUUCUUUUAUAAAUACAGAAGUAGGAAAGAAUGUUCAACUGCUAUUGCCAGUUACUGUGCCUGGGUGAGUACUCAGAACUGGUCUGGUCUGUGAUAUUGCAGAGUUGCCAGAGGACUGCAGAGGACGCUGGGAGAGCUUUGUGGAUGAGACCCUGAGAGAGACCAACAGGAGAAACACAGUUGAACUGGUGAGAACUGGUAUCAACCAAUGGUUGGGAUGAUGGGUUGCUUUUUACACGUCCCGCCGCCUCAUUAUUGGUGUUGAUUGGCAGUGUCAAGGUCCAGUAACUGUGUUUCUCUCCAACACACAAAUAGACACAUUUUUCUUGCUCAAGCAUUCCCUGCUACACAUUCUGUCUGUCAUUUCCUCACGCUCUAAUUCUGUCUGUCCCAGGUGAGCACCCAUAACCUACACUCCUCCAGUGAGGACGAUGAUAUGGAGAGUCCCUUCCCCAACGAUCUGUCACUCCAACAGGUAGGAAGCCAAAGCACCAUGGCAACACAUUUGUCUGCCCAUGAGGAAAGAGAAUGAUUUAUGAAAGGACUCAUUUCAUGUUUUUCCCCCCCAGGCUUUCUCGGACUAUCAGAUCCAGCAGAUGACUGCCAACUUUGUGGAUCAGUUUGGGUUCAACGAUGAGGAGUUCAGUGAGCAUGAUGAAAACAUCAAGUGAGUUUAGUCGUCCGUUCCACUAUUCCUUCUCCAAUAACUAGAAGUCAGCUUUGAAACAGACUGUACAGCAGUUUGCUAUGACAGACCUCAGGGGGCUAACAGCUGCUGUUUGCAUUAAAUGCUACUUUGUUUCCUUCCUUUCCUAAGUGCCACAUUUGACCGGAUUGCAGAAAUAAACUUCAAUCUAGAUGCUGAUGAUAAUAGUGUAAGUUGUUGUAUUGUGUUCUGUAAUGUCUACCAGCUUCAUUGUGCGUGUAGUGAAAGUUAAUUUUUACAUGUUUCCCUCUCCCUGUGUGUGAAUACAGGCCAACGCUACUGCCUUUGAGGCCUGCUGUAAAGAGAGGAUACGUCAGUUUGACGAUGCUGAAGAGGAGGAGGACAUUUGGGAGGAGAAGGAGAUUAACUAUGCAACACAAGUGAAAUCCAGAACAAGGUUGGUAAAAAUUCAAGAUCCAAAAACAAAGUAGGGGAUGUUAUGCCAAUGUGCAGCUCUCUCCUCGAUCUCACUCCUUCUUUUUUCUCCCCAACUCUCGCUCUUCAAACCUCUCUUCUCUUUCUCUCCAUGUGUGUGUCAGGUUUGGGGUGUCCCACACUUCAGAGAGCAGCUCCAGGAGUAGUCUGGAGAACGGGGGUCGGGAGCGGGACCGCGGGUCGGGCUCAGACGAGGACGACGACUCCAGACAGAGCGCCCCAGACACAGGCAGCCUGGAGGAGAGCAAGGACAACACACCCAGUACGCCUGGCAAUCAAUCAGCUACUUGUAAACUAUGCUUAUUACCCAUAGUUACUCAAUCAAUUAGACAGUAAUCAUGAAUGGUCUCCACUUUGCGAAAACCAUUAUUGUAGACUUUUUUUUCUCCUCUUACCAUGUUAUCAUGUGAAGGUCCAAAGCUGGACAGCGAGUUUCGGGGACGCUGGGGGUAACUCAUCCUCUCCGGGUCCUGCAGGCUGGGAUUCCCCAGGGGGGAGUGGAGGAGACAAACAGGUAGCAGGUUGGGCCAACUUCACAGAGUUCCAACCUUUCAGCAGGUGGGGACCAAACACUCCGCAUACAAUUCUAUAUAAAUUUGAUUUGAUGUUAGUGUCUGGGAUAUCGUAACUUGUCAAUUUAUCAAACAUUUUUAGGAAGCCCUUUUUAAAUCACCAACAUAAGAUGUUGUUGUUUACGUCAUUGUGUGACAUGCCUAGUGGUGUGUUGUCAGUGCUCUGUACCUGAAGCUAACCUCCUCUCCCUGCAGCCCAGAGGCUGGCCCCAGAUGCAGCUCUCCUGUAGGCAACAGUGACGCAGACAAACAAGUCAAACAGGGUCCGGACAAGAGUGGUGAGUGUGGGAUCAUGGGAGGUUUCAGCCAACUGACAUUUGGCUUAGCUCCCCCUUGUGGAGACAGUCACUAUUGCAUUGAGACCAGUAAAACCUUGUUUUUCAAGGCUUUCAUUACCUAACGCACAAGCCAAAGCAAUAAAGUGAUUGUGUGUGUCCAGGUGCGAGCCCCUCUCCCGGUGGUGAGUGGCCGGUGGGUGAGGGUAGGAAGGCUCCCCUCGUAGCCUCAGAUAGCAGCUCCUCCGGGGGCUCCGACAGCGAGGAGGACGACAAGACUGCCGCCGCCAAGGCAACCACCAGCAAGAAAGCAGAGGUCAAAAGGUUGGGAAACUAGAACCUGUUGGUUUAACAUGAGUUAGACGCCUCAUCCUCACGUUCAGUCAAUGCUAAAUCACUCUGAAGAAGUCCACUCAAGCCUUAGUACCCAUGUAAAUAAACAUCUAUUUUUGAAACAUAACUACCACAUUGAAGUAAUUAUAUACUGGACUUGAACUGAAAUGACUGGAUUCAGAGUUUGGAAAUCCAGGGAGCUUCCCAUGAACUAUGAAUGUGCUUUACUAAAGAAAAAUCACUAGUAUUUUAAAUAAGAGUUGUAGUGGUGAAGCUAAAUAUGUGAAAAAUACAGUUUAUAUAAAUUAAACAGGUCAAUUCAAUUCUUCACAUGUUUAUUUCCUACGCACACUUUUGUUGAAGACUGACUAACAUGCAAAAAAUCUCUGUGCUACAGUGAGGAGAACCCCAUCCCUCUGGAAAAACUGUCCCUCACAGACGCCCCCAAGUCCCACCCAAAGGCACAGCUUGCAGCAGACACACCGCCAACCUCGGCCCCCACCCCUCAGACAGACAAGUAGGUGCAAGCUUGUGUGUGUGUACAAGUAAUGCAAAUAAUGCAUGCUUGCAUGAAUACAACACACAUACACAUGUAAAGAUCCCAGGCAGAUCAGGGCAAAAAAAUAUUCUAGCAACCCAGUUUCCUUUUCUAAACAGCCAGAGCCAAGACAUGCAUCUGGACGUUGAACAAUAGCAGUGCUCUUUGCCAGUGUUGUGAGCCUGUAGAAAUAUUUACUGUGAACUCUUAUUCUGCCAGAGAACGAGAGGUGGUCUGCAAUGUAGGAUUAUAAUAAUGUUAUCACCCUCCUCUCACUUUGUCUCAGUCUUCUAUCUUCUGCCUCACUUUCUUAAAUCGCGUCUCUCUACCCCCUCUUCUUCUCCUUCUACCACCCUCCAGAGAGAAUCCACCCCAGGCCCAGUACCCAGAGAUGCCAGCAGUCAACGGGCCUGUCUGAGGGGCAGACAGACAGAGCCCUAAACCCCAGACUGGUGUGACAGACUGUGCCAUUUCCAGGGAGACCACCCUCCUCCCCAAAUAACCUCACUGCAACCUACAGUGUUUUAAUGAAUCACGCUGCCAUGUUAUUGGAACUGGACACUGCCAAUCAACACCAAUAAUGAGGAGGCGGGACGUGUAAAAGCAACCAAUCAUCCCAACCAACAGGCAGAACAGUGUAGAGGAAAUUGUCUUCAAAGCCUUUUCUGAUGUUGCACAUAAGUAUGUGUGGUUUUAAUGUAGCAGUGAUCUCUUUUAAACAACCGAAAUCUGAGAGGAGUAUAAAGUUUUUUUCUGAAGGAUUUGUUCUCUUACUCUUUUCACAAAACAGUUGGACCUAAGUGGUAGGGAGUGGAUAGCACAGGUUAACUAAACGAAAUGAUGCCUCAACAAUAAAUACCUUUCUGAAAUAUUUUUUUCCCUUGAGAGCUUAAAAGGCACUUAUGCAGUCAUUUUUACUGUACAUUCUAGCACAACGUUAAGUGUACUACCCUCAUCUCUUUAUUCUUGUACCUCACCAGUUCUCUGAAUGUUUUUUA